UUCUGAGCAGUGAGCAUUAGUCUGCAUAGAUAGACCUUUAAAAUAGGUCUACGCACAUUCUCUUUGAAGCACUUUUAGACCUACAUCUGUCCCCUCGUUCUCAUUCUUGCCUCCUGAUCUUUUCGAAACUUCACAGUGAACUCCUCCCUUCUGUUACGUCUCACCACGACAGCGCUAAGAAAAAAUGAUAUAGGCUACGCUCAUAAAUAUAUGGCCUACUUAUAAAUAUUUAGAAAUGAAACCAAUUACAAUCGCGAAGUGCCAUAGAAAUUAAUAUUAAUAUUGAAAUGUAUAUCCAAUCAAUUUUUAAACAGUCACAAAAUAUAUCUGCAUAAAUUAUAAACCGACCAACCAUUGGUUUGCAUGACGUGUGACCCUCCCCGGUGUUAACUGUAUAUGCAAUGAGCUCCUUGCUGUAACACUGCAAAUAAAGAGAGAUAACGGGGCGCUGACUGAGGCUAAAACUUUUUAUACUGACAUGUUAGAGCAAUGACUUUUGCGUAGGCUAAUAUUAAGCCUGGGACUACGAUCCCAGCGAGAAGACAGGGUCUGUGGGGAAAGAACAAUAACCAGUCUAUUUUGGAGUAGGGAACGCAAGACGGCUAAUUCAGUAGGCUAAACUUUAAGCGAGCCUGCGAAGCUGAAUUACCCAAACGAAACGGUGGAAGAGCAAGUUUAUCAUUUUAAAGAUGAGCUUGUUGUCUGCCAUUGACACCAGCGCCUCAGUGUAUCAGCCUGCUCAGCUUCUGAACUGGGUUUAUCUGUCUCUACAAGACACCCACCAGACCAGUGCCUUUGAUGCCUUCAGACCCGAACCCAACUCUUCCCAUCCGGACCUUAACUACAGCAAGCCUCCCGCUGCUGACCUGAGCUCGUCUCUAAAUUCCAACUAUCUCAACAACUUCUUUCAGCUCCAGAGGAAUGAGGCCUUGAAUAGCAGCUUAUACAAAAAUGUCUCCCCCUACGGAUCCCUCAACAACAUCGUGGACGGGCUGAACUCCUUGACGGACCACUUCUCUGACCUCUCGCUUUCCUCUGAGCCGCGUAAGCCCAGCAAAAGACCCCCGCCCAACUACCUGUGCCACCUCUGCUUCAACAAGGGACACUACAUCAAAGACUGCCCCCAGGCUCGGCCCAAAGGUGAAGGUCUCACUCCGUACCAGGGCAAGAAGCGCUGCUUCGGAGAGUACAAGUGCCCCAAGUGCAAGAGGAAGUGGAUGAGCGGAAACUCCUGGGCCAACAUGGGACAAGAAUGUAUCAAGUGCCACAUCAACGUGUACCCUCACAAGCAGAGACCUCUGGAGAAACCUGACGGCCUGGAUGUGUCGGACCAGAGCAAGGAGCAUCCCCAGCACCUGUGUGAGAAAUGUAAAGUCCUGGGCUACUACUGCCGCAGAGUGCAAUAACCAACCCGCCCGCCCGCCCGCCCGCCCGCCCCCACCAGUCAGACGUCCCCUGCCCAGCUCCUGUCCCAGGCCACCCCUCCUCCCUCCUUAAAGUGCUCUUAGCAGAAGUGAAACGUGCCAAAAUAUGCCUUUUUGCCAAUUCUGUCCAAUGCCACCACGGCCACAAAAAGUGCUCAUUUUAUCCGCAUUUGUGUGUAAUGAAGUAUUGAAGGUGUUUUUCAUGAUAUCACUGACAGUAUUACUUCCCACAAGGGACGCAGUGGAUUACCUCACCGCUGUGUCUGUUGAUUCUUAUCGUGUUUACAGAGAUCUGUGUUCAUUGUCCCUGCCAAGUGAACAAUGCAGGUGUGCUGGGGAAUAGUAGUCUGUGUUGUCUGGUCCCAUCAGCAAGGCCCUUGCUGUUAUGAGAUGCUCCAUGGGUCUGCAGCACAUCAUAUUAACUGUGAAUUAACAGAGGGAUAAUGGACUGUUCAUCCCUGGCUUCUUGUGUUGCAUAUUUAUUUUGUUAUCUUUAUUACAGUGCAAUUGAAUCAAUCUAACUGGGACAUUUAUACUGUUGUGUAACCCCUUCCACUUGCCAUUCGAAACUACUGUAGAAUAGGAUGGUCUCGUUUCCGUUUAGCAGUCAGGUCCUUUUAUGGUUGAUAUAGGGUUUAUAUAUUUAUGGAUGCUACAUACCUUAAACAUUUACUUUUGAAAAGGUCACAUUGUUCACUCGCUUUGACUUGCUUACCGAGGCUUAUGAAGAAUCUUAAUUAUGACAGAAGCUUCUGUGCAAUACCUAAAACGUUCUGCAGUGAAUACAGUGGCGAUAGAACGGAACCAAUUCCAUUCUGAGUCCGAUGUUUACCGUGGAUAGCAAAGGUCUGUGUUCCAUAUUGCCACAAUACUCUUGCCUUGCUGAAAUAUUAGGAGUAUAUAUUAUACGACCAAUUGUAUUUAAACCUCACAAAUAUGUAUAUAUAUAUAUAUAUAUAUAUAUAUAUAUAUAUAUAUAGAUUGUUGUUGGAGGAAGUCCUGUCUUAGAAUGUUUUAAGAGUUGCCGCUGCAGGUGGAAGCAUCUGGGAGUGUUAAAAAACUGACAUAAUCUUAGGACAGGAAAGAGCUCAAGAGCUUGGACAUCAAUUAGUAGGCAUCAGUCACCAUUAGUCAGUGAUAUCACCUAAAUCAAUUAGUAGGCAUCAUAGUCACCAUUAUUCAGUGAUAUCACUAAAAAUCAAUUAGUAGGCAUCAGUCACCAUUAGUCAGUGAUAUCACCUAAAUCAAUUAGUAGGCAUCAGAGUCACCAUUAGUCAUUGAUAUCACUAAAUCACCGUGCCCAUUUGAAGAGAGAGUAAGCAGACGUGUCAUGAAAUGAGGGCCUAUUGAAGGCCCCAAACGUGUCCCCUAAUGACUAUGCAAUGUGCACAUCUUUGUGUACAUGACUGUGUGCCUAAUCUGAGGGAAAUGGUAAAAGAGCUCUUGCUCAGACAUGCCUGAUAGUUCAUGAGCUGAGCAGAUAGAUCUGUAAGUCCCUGGUGAGACACUAGUGAAGUGAAUGAAUGUCACAUUGUACAUGUCAGUGUGUAGUUUGGACCACAGGAUGUACUCAAGAGAAAUGCCCGUGUAAAGCCUGUAUUUCAUGCUCAGAUACACACAACAGAGCAGGCUCUUCAUGACACGGGAUAUAUGCCCACUCCAGGAAUAGAAGCUUAAUCAUAGAUGUGGAUGAUAGGUGCCUUCAUUUUAGGUUGUAGUAGCAGUCUUUCAGACAUAUGCAGACAUGUUAGAAAAGUGUCAUCUUGUUUCAUUAAAUUGUGGUGUUAUUUUUAAUAUUAGACGGCUGAAAGCCUGUUGAAAACCCGAUAAGAGUUCUUUGAUGUGUAGUGGAAUCAGGCCCAUCAAAAAUGCAGUGUACUGAGAAAGACAUGUCAAAAGUAAGGACGAGAAACUGUAAGGUCAAAAGAGAUGGACACAGUGGGAAGAGGGUGAGGACAUCACAUUAGGGAGGAAAUGAAAUGUGUCUGACCAGAGGACAUUUUGAAAGGUUGGGAUGUUUAGAGAUGGUAGACUGUAUGUUGUGUUGAAACUCAAUGAAAGUGGAAAGGGUUCUGUAUCUAAAGGAGGUAGACUAUCCUGGUUGAAUCAGAUACAAAUUCCUUCAUGAUCCUUCAUGGUAAUCCCAGUAAACACUGGGCUGGAAGCAAUAGAUGAGUGGAGCCUGUCUAAAGGUACACCACUGAAAAUGGCAAUGUUUAUCGUAGUUGCAUCUAAAAUGUUGUGAAAUUUUAUAUAGCUUUAUCUUGUACAGAUACGUCAUUGGAAAUCUUUUUGGUAAAAAGAGUGGUUUCUCUUUAAAUGGAUGUAUAUAUGAGACACAUUUGAUUGGAAAUAGAAUGUGUAUAAUGUUUUUUUUAAACCAUGAAUGCUUUGUUUUUUAUUGUCUGAAAUUAGUCAAUUCCUCGUUCACAGAGGUCAAAUUUGUAAUAUCAAGCAGAAAAUCCUAUAUGAAGGGAAAGCUCUAAGCAGCAUGUGGAUGGUUUUGGAUGUCAGUUUGUUAGAAACGUGUGAAAUGCGGUUGGUAAAGUCAUGUGGGAAGGAGGUUAAGAUGUGAAUUUCUAUGGGAUAAUAAUAUAAUUAUCCCAGUAGCACUGAAAGUGUAAACUAAUGCCCUUCGUCCUAUUAGAGAGCGUAGUCUUCCUCGUGGCAAAUUGCACAGUAGUCUGCCAUCUGUGAAUUAGCUAAGGAAUGUUAUCUGAAGUUCUUUUAAGUAAUUAAGUAGCGUGUCUUCAAAAGGCUGAUUUUAGUAUAUCUGUUCAUGUUAUUAUCCCCUUUCUGUGUGUACUUUGAGCUUUAGUAGUUUUUCAAUGGCUGCCUCCCUUCCUCCCUCAAUGGAAAAAAGCUGAGAAGAUUGUAAUGUGUAAUAUGCCUUCUGUAAGGUCUGAAGGAGUGGUACUUCUGUGGUAUGUUACAGCCAUCAGGCCUGGGUAGAAUAGGGAAAGCCCAGUUAUGUACUUUACAGUGCUUAGAUGACGGCCCAACUAAGUAUGCUGUUUUGGAUUGCUAGUGCACAGUCACUCUUGAAACACUGCCAUUCUACUCAAAUACAAGCAACUACUUUUACAUGUGAUGACCUCUAAAAAAACAACACACAAAAAAAGCUUUAAGCCCUUCCAAGAGUUGAAACCUGCAGUAUCUGAGAUGUAAGAGGCUAAAUGAGGCUACCAUCUCAGAUGUAAAAAAGAUAUUAAAAAGAUGCAAUUCCCUUCGGCAGCAAGUUAGCGCCUGGGAACAUCAAACAUGAGAAUGGCUGUGUUUUCAGGGCUGUGGCUUUUAGUAGAAUGGUUGUGUUUUAAUUGUGGGUAUGCAACGUAUUUACAGAAAGGGCUGACAGACAACUUAACAAGCCUGCUAUUUAUCCUUGUCGUCUUUAAUCAUUAGCAGAAGUGAGUUUAGCUGCCCAAGGUUGCAGCCAAGAAGAGCCUCCGCCUGCAGUAUUGGGAUCAAUCCUCAAUCUUCAUCACUGUUCAGUACUGUCACAAGGAAGGGGUUCUGUUCGAAGGGCUGCAGGGCCUGGUGUGGACUACAUGUUCAGUCAUAGACAGCUAGAGGAGUUUCGCUACACUUAUCUGAAUCUCAGUGCGCUUAGUUUGUGUUGUUUGUAUAGUGGAGUAUUUUCCUGUGAACACGGCCAGAGCUGGCUGUUAAUGAGAGACGAGAACUGUGGCUUUAGCGUUUAGCUCCCCCACCCCACCAUGUGAUUUAGGGAAAGGAUAUAUGGAUACAUCUCACUGUGCAUCUGAAGAAAGGUUCUGGGCAAACUAUAACAGGGUUCUCCUUUCUUGAUCAUUUUCCAAAAACCAAGAAGUCAUGUAGUGGUCUAGAUGUAAUUAUUUUUUUUGGAUGAGGAUGAUCUACAUCAAAAAGGGUUCUCUGUCAGGGAUGAGACUAACUUUGCCCAGAGCCUCUUUUCAUGUUGGAAUGUAGAUCACAGAGGGAGUCAUACAUUUGGAGAGCUGGCGCUUAGGAGUUGGAUUGAAAAUCUCAGUGUAAUUCGAGAUACUAUAGAGUACUAUUGAAGUAAUGGAACACUAUAUAGCACAUGCAUAAAAUACUAAUUAUACAAGUGCUUUGCAGAUGUUUGUCUUGAAUUGCAUACUUCAUACUUGACUUUUAUAGCUCAUUUACAAUGCAGAAUUAUUUUCUAUGAAAGAUAUGUGUAUUUUGGAAACAUUUGUAGAUGUUAUAAAAUUUUACAGCAAAUUUGAAAACAAUACAAGAGAUUUUUUUCUCACUGACAAAGAUAUUUACAACGUUUAUUUUGUGUAUAUAUUCGAUGGCCAUCUUUUUCAAGCAUUUUAUGUGUACUGAAAUGUUCUGAUGCAAUACUGAAGCUUUCUAUGUGAAAAAAGGGCCUGUUGCUGAGAUACAAACCAAGCUGGGAGAUCUCUUUUGAUGUUGUACAAGAAUCUGAGGGUUUAUCCUACAGAAAUAUUUAUGGAUGGAUUUUUUUUUUUUACAAUUCUGUUUUUGUAUAAAAUAUGCAACAAAGCUACACUAAGAAGAAAAUAUUGAUGUCUACUUAGAUUAUUAUUCAGUGGUUGGUACAUAGCUGUGAUGCCAUUUCUCUAUUAUAAGCCAUUUUGUUUUAGUUUUAGUUUCAUAGAGAUAUUAUCAGUAUUAAAUAAUCCAUCACAAUAUCCUUCAACAUAAUUCUGUUUUUGUAGUGAUCUGAUCCCCUACUUUUGGGGAAUGAAAAUGUCCAUUUCUUAAAAGAUUGAGCAAACGUAAAAACGGCUCUUUGUUAUUUUUCUUUAUCAGGGGCUUUCAAAGUAGCUUCAACACCGGUGUUUUCAUAUCAAAAAACAGCUCUAUAGGUAAAUGUUGCUGAUACUGAUCCUUGCCUUUGUACAGUGCACCUAGCAGAGUCUGAAGCGAGAGGGAUGAGCAUAUUAUACUGAUGCUGAGUGAGAGACAAAGUUUGCAUGUGCAUGUGUUAUGUUAACUGAAUGAAGAAAAUCACUAUGUGCAAUGUAUACACUAUUUAAUAUUAGUUUGUUCAAAUAAUUGGCAAACCUGUUUUGUAGAGUACACCUUACUAAUAACUGAUUGUUACUAGUCAACAACUGCAUUAUUCACUAUAGCAGUAUACCAGUUUUUACGUAUUUACUGAAUGUACUGUGUUGAGUUACGGUAGAAACUCAUGUUUGUGUCCAUGAUGUCUGUAACAUAUUUGAGAUCAUUGUAAUGCUCUAAUUGGAUUGGACAGGACUCAGAGAACGGUUGGAAAAUAAGGUCUGACUGGAAAAUUGAAAAGAAAAGACUGUAAAACUCUGUUGUUUCUUGUCCAUGAAACGGCAUUCCGACAUGUGCCUUAUUUGUUUGUUAGGAAAAGGUUUUUAGUGCUGAAGUUGCUUUUAGUAAUUUGUUGAAUUAAAACACAGAAUACAA